UUGUGUUGGGCAGAAUUCUGGCUGUGGCAUUUUACAAAAUGUUGUUUUGGAUACCACACAAAGCAACUGGCAUCACUGUGGCUGGAGAAACAAACUUUACGCACUCUGUUUUAUACUUUUGCAGUAGUUUUUUGUUAUUCUCUUUUUGAAUAUCUGUAUUUCACGUGGAAAAUGCCAGAAACGGCACCAUUAGGAGGCACAAUGAGUGAUCUGAAUGGAAAUGAUGCAGAAUCCAACCAGGAUGCUGAAGACCGUGAAGCACAGUUACUCUGCCUGAAGAUUAAAGAUCACUUGGAGGAAAUGUUCUCCGACAGUCACCUGGCGGAGGAUGGCUUCCUGCUAAAACACAUGCAGAAGAACAAGCAGGGCUAUGUUAGUCUCAAGCUUCUCACUUGUCUGAAAAAGAUAAAGGCUCUGACCACGAACUGGUACAUGACUCUAGCGGCCGCAGAGUGCUCAAAUCUCCUGGAGUUGAACGAGGAAUGCACCAAAGUGCGACGCAAAGAGGCUCUCCCUCAGUGGCUGAUGUGCUCCCCCACCAGUCGGCUCCUCCUCAUCUGGAACGCUUCAGAGGAGCAGAGCGGAGAGGACGGAGCUGACCCAGGGCAGUCUUCGCUCUUACUGAGCAUCCUCCAGAGGUUUGACUCGCCGGGUGACGUCGCGUCAGUCUGGAUCCUGCAUCCCGGAGAGGAGCUUCCCAAAGAGCUGCAAUGCUAUGCCAAACGUCACAAAGAGCUCGGCCAGAUUCUGUGCGCUGUGAUGAAGUUUAAUAGUUUGGAAUCGGUCCGUAGGGCCUACAGCUCUCUCAGAGAAGAAGAAAAGAUUAAUGGGAGGGGCCUGUGUGUGGUGCCACUGGGAUGGCAGUCAGUGCAGAGCAUCAAUAAGUUUGAUCCAUCAGAGAACAAAGGAGACGCCACAUGUUCUAUGGGAGACCCUCAGAACAUCUCGGAGGUUUUGCUCCAGCAGGACCUUCCCUCACCUCUCAGGUUUUCUGAAGAAACUGGAGAAGCAUAUCCUCCUCCAGCAGUCCAGGAGGACUCCAACUGCAGUCAAAAGUCAUUGCGAGGAUUAACUAAGAGAUACAGCUGGACAGACUGGUGCUCCGGAGACCGCAACACACCGUUUUCUCAGUGCCCGUGGGUACUAAAGCGCAAAUCCGCAGCCAGUGCAGCAAAGCUGGAGACGGCUGAGCACCUGAACACGACCGGCUUAAUACUGAAAGUCCUGCGUCAGCCCUUUGGCCCCGAUGAUACCAAAGGUUUUAAUGCCAGAAGGCAGAAAUAUGACUUUCUUGAAUGAAAUGGCUUUAGAGGAGAUCAGAAAGAAGACUGAGCUGAGAAGAAAAAACUCAAAAAUCUGACACAAGAAGACAGAAAAUUUGUUUCCAUUAAAGAAUUAAGUUCUGCUGA